CUGCCAUUUAACGUCAUAUCUUCGCGCCCAGUGGCACACCAUCAAGUCUUUCGACGGUUGUCGCUUGUAUAUCAGACAAAGGACGAUAUUUUUCAACGAUGAGCAGUGAAAAGUAUCAAAUGUCUUCGAUUGAGGACGACUUCAACUAUGGCACAAACGUCGCCACUGCUAGCGUCCAAAUACGUAUGGACUUCCUGCGAAAGGUGUACACCCUGCUGAGCUUGCAGAUUAUUCUGACAACAGCCACAUCUGCCCUUUUUAUGUUCUCUCAGACCAUCAAGGAGUUUGUCCAUGCCAGCCCUGCUGUGGUUUUGGGUUCAGCUUUGGGCUCUCUGGUACUACUUUUGGCCUUGGCUGUGUACAGACACCAGCAUCCGGUCAACCUCUACCUGCUGCUUCUAUUUACUCUACUGGAGGCGAUCUCUGUGGGCACCGCUUUGACCUUCUACGAAUACUCCACUGUGCUUCAAGCCUUGUUCCUGACCUGUGCUGUGUUUGCCGGGCUGACAGUCUACACCUUCCAGUCCAAGAGAGACUUCACCAAACUGGGAGCUGUUCUUUUCUCCUGCUUGUGGAUCCUCUUAAUUGCAAGCAUUAUGAGGGUCUUUUUCAACAGCGACAGCACAGAGCUGCUGUUCGCUGGGACCGGGGCUCUAGUCUUUUGUGGCUUCAUCAUCUAUGACACCCACCUGCUAAUGAAACAGCUGUCCCCCGAGGAGCACAUCUUGGCGUCCAUCAACCUCUACCUGGACAUCGUCAAUCUCUUCCUUCACAUUUUGCGUAUCCUAGACUCAAUGAAGAAGCACUGAAAAGAAGCUGCUGUGCUUGCCAAAAUUAGUCAUUCCCUCACUAAUUGUAUUUAUUAAGCAGUACAUAUCUGCACUUUAAUUUAUUUGAUAUUGAGGUCAAUUGUGACUCAAUUGAUCUUAAUGCAACCAUCAUUUGUGCUGUGUGAUGCAACAUACGCUCACAAAAACAUCUAAAGCCCCAGUGACAAGAGAUACUACUCAUGUAUAAUCUUACAAAUGUAAGCGUUUAAAGUGCAAGGGAUCAAAAUAAUCCCAUAUUAUAUUAUAAUCUAUAUGCUGUUUUGUAUAAAGCCAUACUGAAGUAAAAGUAAUUUAGCCUGUGAACCCGGAAAUGCCGCAAGCCUGGCUGUAACUUCCUGUUUAUAUUGGCGCCUCACAAAGAACCAAUCAUACGUCUCCUUUUUUGAGUUGAUUGUUCCGUGGCAUCCCAGUACCUCUCGCAGCCAUUGGCUGCCGAGUAAAUGAAAAGUUUCUUACGUAGCUCAGUCUUGGUGGAUGUCCUAAAACGACAGAAACAUCCCUAUGCUAAUGAAGUAUUUUAGCAAGAGUCACUUUCAAAAUAACGUCCCAACAUAGUACGUAUAUGAAGUAUGGUUAUUGACCAUUUAUGUUCAUACAUAAAAAAAUUACCACAGCACGUGAAGUCGCAGAAGUGCUGUCGUAAAAAUUAGCUACAAGAGGACGUGACGUAGUCCAUGCGCAUACGUGGGGCCGACUGUGUUCCGGGUGGGUAUUGAGUGACAGGGAGUCAAUUUAUGUCUGGUCUUAACAGCUUGUAGCCAGUAAUCGCAGUUCACAAUAAAAGCACGGCACUAAAAUAACACGGUUGCAAGGGCCGUAAAUGAAACACCAAUAAAAACCAUUUUCUUUUAAUUAAUAUAGUAAAGUAAAAGUCGUAUGAACAUAAAAAAUGACAAUGUACAACACUGCAUAGGCAAUAUGUUCUUCACUACAAUGACGCAAUAUCUUUACGUGUUAGUCGUUUGUUUUGCACAAUCGUGGCUAUUGGUGAUUAUUGAAUGCUUAAGGGUGUCUGAGGAUUUGUAACUAUUGUAAUGGUGUUGAUUCGAGUGGUUUUAUUCUAUCAAAAUGAGGCUAUGUGCAAUGUAUUUUAACAUCAGUAGCUGGAAAUUUCCUUUGGAAUUUUGUGCAGAAACAUGACGCUCAUACAUCACAUCACAGCAUACCAUAGCAACCCGAGAUGAGUAUGUGUACUCUAGUCUGUGCCGUGAAACCUACAGCACCAGUUUUAAUAUUUCACAGCAUAUCUUGGCAAUUUGAAGACACGAUGAAAAUAUGCUGCAAUGAAGUGGGGACACAAGACGCUCACUUGAGGUCAGAUUGCUCUGAUGUCAUCCGUAUGCUGCUCGUGGCCACUAAGGGGCGUGUUUGCAUUACAUUUGGAGCCUUAUAUGUCGUGAUUUGUUAAUUUUCUCAGUUUUUGUGACAUUUUUACUUUCUAGUGAGCAUUGGUUAUCAGUACAUAAACGCGCAACACCCAACAUGUGAUACCUGUGCAGGUUUGACCAGAUUCCAUUGGUUCAUUAUUUGCAUAUCUAUUCUUAAUUAUGGGUACCUGAUUUUACUGAAAAUUCUUGUGUUCGUGCAUGUUGCUAUUGUAACUUGUCUGUUUCCUACUGUGGGACUAAUAAAAUAUUUGAAGUGGU